AUGGUUGUCUUUGUCGACCUCGACGACGAGAAUGAGCCUCCAGAGGACCCUAGAUUGAGAUCGCAGCAUUGGACUAGGACUAGCUUGAAUGAGCAAGGGGAUGGAAAGAAGGAUAUAGACCCAAAUAAGGCCGUCACGAGGGAUAACCCGAAUAAGUCGGCUAUUACAGAGGCUUUGGGAUGCUACCCCAUAGUUAUCUCUAUAUCAUCCCAUAUCGAUCUCAACACCCUUGACGCACUCGCGCGAACAUGUUGGCAGAUCCGCGCCAAUCUUCUCCAAUUCCGCAAGCAGCUCCUGACCUCGACUUUGUACUGUGAAAAUGCAGAUGUUGAGUUAAAUCCCGAGCAUACCUUUAGGUACCGUGCUAGGGCGGCCGAUUGGUAUUUUGUAGAUGCAGGAAGGGAGGUAACCGGAGCGACUGGCAAGGCGGGUAACUGCGCUAGGGAUAUGGUUGGGGGUUGUAGAAGGUGUGGAAGAGUUGUCUGCAGAAACUGCACUAUCAAGCCUCCAGCACCAGUGCUUCUUCACCACCGGCACCGACGCAUUUGUACAGCCUGCUCUAGUGUCCCACUCUCGUCACUUAUCAAUCCGUCCUCUACACAAGGCCGUGCCGAACACACUUUAGCUUCCACCGAAGCCAGUACCGAUAUACCUAAAAGUGCGCUCUGCAAUUGCGCUUCCGAGGGCGUAUGGCUCUGCCAACCGUGUGGCCGUAGCCUUCGUAGUGCGGAUGCGGAGUACGAAAGUAUCUGGAAAUGGCGCACCCGGUACCUGCUUUCCCUAGGCGGCUUAGGUGUCGGCUUCGGUGAAGGAAACCGUGGAGUUCCAUGCGGUCGCGGAGAAGAGUGCGUAGCGGCAAGAGAGGUAGAACAGGAAAUUGAUUGCGAUGCCGAAGAUGCAAGAGAGAUUGACAGUCGAGCUGCCAGCCCCUCCUCCAGUCCAGGAAGUUCAACGGAAAGUCCUGCAAGAGGAAUUGGGCAAAUGGGGCCUGGGUAUGCGAGGCAUGAAAUUGAAGGGAUAGGAGGAGUUGUGAAGAAAAAGUUGGUGAGGAUGGUAAAGGUCGGUGCAUGUGUGCCAGAGUGGGGUGCUGAGAAUCAUGUAGGCAAGUUUCUUGUUCGGGAAGUUGAGGGGCGGGCUAGGAGCUGGUGUGGCUGGUGCUGGAGAGUUAUUCCAGGGCCUGACGAUACUAUUGGGUGA